UUUCUUUCGUACAUAGUCUAAUCAUUCCUCCCUCUCCUCUCUCUCUCUCUCUACCUUAUUUUUUAUGGGCUGAGGGGAGAACUCAAUUCUGCUUUCCUCUCUGUCACCUUGGCUUCCCCUGGAGAGAGACUUCUCUCUUCCUUCGGCGUGCAUGGAGAUCUCUAAUGCUCGCCAUCAGCUCUUGUAGAUAAAGUUGCAGCGCAGCAUGUGGGCUUGUUUCCAAGGACAGAAUCAUUCAUGACUCGGUUUUCUAAACGCAUGAUGCAGAAAACUACAAGUACAGAGAAGGGAAUAAAGGAAAUAAUAUAUUCACAUGGUAUUACAACUUGGUAGCGAAGUGUGUGUGCCCUCUAAGAGCAGUAGUUGAGAGAUUUCCGCUUUCUGAACGUAGCGUCAAAGCAUCUCUUAGAUUUUGUAGGUGAUUGGAGUUUGGUAAUGUCUUUUUCGGUGUACCCACAGGCAAUGGGCAGCCGUGGGCUGGAGGAAGUAGUCGUGGCAUGUCCCAAGACCCAGCAGCAGCAGCAGGAUAGGAAGGCAAGGCCUCAUCCGGAGCACGCCCUGCAGUGCCCCAGGUGCGCCUCCACCAACACCAAGUUCUGCUACUACAACAACUACAGCCUCUCCCAGCCCAGAUACUUCUGCAAGGGAUGCAGGAGGUAUUGGACUCAGGGAGGCUCCCUCAGGAAUGUUCCAGUGGGAGGUGGAUGCAGGAAGACCAAGAGAUCCUCCUCCUCUUCAUCCAAGAAGGCAGCCCCAUUCCUCGUCCCUCCACCCCUUUCACAUGAUCCGAGUGACGACCUCACGAGUCUUCAAAAGCCACUGCCGAUGAAGCAGUUUGGUUCGGAUCAUGAGAAUGGCCAUAACUUUCUCGUAGGGAACACAAACACCGACCCGUUUUCUUUCCUCGUAAACGAUUCUGACCCAAUGGCAUCUGCUCCAACCCCAACGAAAGGCUUCCUCGACUACCUAAGAAAUGGCUUGGUCGACAUCUCAAGCCCGAGCAGCUUUAGCAACAUCGACUAUGACUACGGCCUUGGAACCAGUGGCAGCUGGGGGAUGCCAACCGGUGCAGGGCUGAGUGGUGCAACGGCAGGCACGACGACUUGCCAAGGGUCAUGCAAACCUAUGGACGGAGGGGAUGGCCACGUAGAGAUGAGUCUUCUAUGGCAGGAUGGAUCCAUGGAUUCAGAAAGAGAUUACUGCUGGAACGGCGUCGGUCCUUCUUGGCAGGGACUAAUCAAUAGCUCCUUGCUGUAAGGUGCAAUAUUUAUGGAUAGCUGUUGUAUUUUUGUUCUGCAAGCUGUUCGACUCUCUCAUGUAUCUUCCCAUCUCCUCUCUCGUUUCCCUUGAUAUUAUUUUAUGGGAGUGGUGACCUCAAAAUUAUAUGGA